CACUGCCUUGUCAUCACACAUCGUGCAGUAACGGAGGCAUACCCUUCAACAACUUAUCACAUCGCCUAACCGAGUUCUGAGGUCAUCAUUGUUGCCGACAAUGUCCUCAGUUGACGUUGCUAGAGCCAAGCGGGAAGCCGCCUUGGAACACCUCAAGUUUUCCAAGAGGUCAAAAAUGAAUGCCUCUAAUUCAAGUCUUACUAGCUCGGCGUCGACAGUAGCGUCGAACACACCGUCCUUAUCGUCGUUGCCGUCGCAGUCGAGGGAUGCCACUGUGUCAUCGCGUUUUUUCCCUCCGUCUACGCCAUCGACUGCUGGUACCAUUCUUGUUCCCGAUUCAAGCCCCAGCGCUUCUCCAGUCAAUCAUAGCCUGCAUCAGCCCAAUAAUGCUGGACAGGGUGGUGACGUGGCGCCAGCGGUGGCAGUUGUACAGGGCGGGCACUGGAAUUACACUUCGCACACAGGCGGCAUUGAUCCCUUGGCUGGGCCGAGCGGGUUUGUAUCGAGCGGGAGAACAGGCAAGGGGGCUCUACGACGACCGUGGGAUAGCGACGAUAGCCAUGGUGAAGAACCGCCUCGCAAGCGACUUAACGCGUCCCCAUCCGACGUCGCGAAUUCACCGGACUCGCCGGCAAUUCAACGUGCUGGACAGCGCCGCCGCAAUAUUGGCCACACCGAUGCACAGUCAACGGCAUCAGACGAAUCGUUGCCUGAGGUUGUCAACAUAAGCGCCAAUACCGCCAAACCACGCAUUUUUCGAGGACGCCCGUCUGAUACGGCUCCAUCACCCAGCGAUCCACUGGCAUCAGACCAGAAGUUUGUUCGCUUCAAGCUCACCAUGCCUAUGGAAUCUCCUGAGCGUGUCAAGGCAGCCUGGCUUCAAGCCACCGGAGAUGUGAGGCGGGCGACCUCAUUACUCUCAGACCCGGACUGGGUUGCCAAACCCUCCCCCUCCCCCACAAAGGCAGCUUCGCCCGUCAUCGGACGUGUAGAUGGCUAUAUCGAGUCUACUAAAGCCCAGCGCGUUGCGGCUAAAGAAAAAGGGAAGAAGUCCAUGAUUUAUGCCAACCGUCUCGAGAUCGACUCGCACGGUGCUAGUACAUCAACACCGCCUCCUUCUAAACAUGCAACGAGCGUAUAUGCAGCCGAACCUUCGCCUGUCGUUCAGCCUGCAAGCCGUAAACGUGCCAAGAAGAUGGUCUUGGACACCGACUCAGAGGAUGCAAGCGAGAGUGACGAUGAUCAUCAACGCAAGCGACGUCGACAGGAGGACACAGAAGAAACGCGGACUCUAGCCUUUUUCAACUCGAAAGACGCAGAAGCACUGCAAGAACUUACAGGUUGCACACCAGAACAAGCCAAUACUAUAAUAGGACUACGACCUUUCGAUUCCGUCGAUGACUUAAAUUCAAAACUUGGCCAGGGGAAGAAGAAAUCUGGUCCAGCUGGCAUCAGUCCUCGCCUCUUUGACGAUUGCACCGGCAUUUUUAAAGGAUAUGGUGCAGUCGACCGUAUACUGGAGGAAUGUGAGGACAUAGGAUCCAGCCUUCGUUCAGUCAUUGCUGGGUGGACAUCCGGGGUCGACGUCGAUAAAGGCAAAGGGAAAGCUAAAGUAGAUAUUCCGGAAUCUGAGGAGAACCAAGACGGAUCUCUCAAUCUCCGAUCCAUUGCACCAUUGAGGAGCCAGCACACCAAAAGCUUCCUUGUCUCUCAACCGUCACUUCUAUCGCCAAAUGUCCAACUCAAAGAUUAUCAGCUUUUGGGUGUUAAUUGGUUGCGUCUCCUCUAUGACCGUAAGCUGAGUUGUAUUCUGGCGGACGAAAUGGGCCUUGGUAAAACCAUCCAAGUCAUAAGUUUCUUUGCACAUCUAAAGGAGCAUGGACGGAAUGGGCCGCAUCUCAUUGUUGUUCCAUCCUCUACGUUGGAGAACUGGGUUCGGGAGUUCGCACGCUUCGCUCCUUCAAUCAAAGUGCAGACAUAUUAUGGCAGUAAAGACGAGCGUGUUCAUCUCCGGCAGAAUCUUCUAGAUACGCGACCCCACAAAAACACUGACGAUGGAUGGAACGUUUUGAUCACCACUUACAACCUUGCACAGGGUGACGGAGAUCGCAAGUUCUUCCGUCGCAUCGACUGGGAUUCAUGUGUUUUUGAUGAAGGACAUGUUCUCAAGAAUUUCCAAUCCCAACGAUAUCAAGCUUUACUCAAGGUCGAUUCGAAGUGGCGACUUUUGCUAACAGGGACACCGUUGCAAAACAAUCUGCAAGAACUUGUGUCACUGAUGAACUUUAUCCUACCCGAGCAUUUCUCCGAAACGAUAACCGAAUUGCGAGCCAUUUUUAAAGUCAAAGGUGACUCGAAGGUGACGUUACUUGCACAGGAGCGAGUGUCACGGGCGAAGAAAAUGAUGACACCCUUUGUUCUAAGGCGACGGAAAGAUCAAGUCCUCACUGACCUCCCAAAGAAAACCGAGCGCUUUGAAUGGUGCGAUAUGACAUCCCUGCAAAAGACGAUCUAUCGUGACACGCUGAAGCGCUCCCGAAAGACGAUCUAUGAUGCAGAUGCUUCUAUCGCCAUGGGGGACGCUGUGGCAAACGGUCGUAAACCUGCGAAGAAGCCCCGGGCGAAAGAUAAACUGUACCUCGAGAACAGCACUAAUGUUCUCAUGGAUCUGCGCAAGGCGGCUUCGCAUCCUAUGCUCUUUCGGAAACUCUUCACCGACGACAUAUUGUCAGGGAUUACAAAGCAGCUGCUGAAGGAACCCGACUUCAAGAGGCGGGGCGCGCUCUUCGAGAUCGUCAAGGAAGACAUGUCGGUGAUGACGGAUGCUGAAUUACAACUGCAUUGCGGGACAUAUAAGUCAACGAAAAAGUUCCUCCAGGAUGACGAUUGUUAUCUCAACUCCGGGAAGGUUCACACGUUGCUCAAACUACUCGAAAGCUACAACAAGGACGGGCGGAAGGUCUUGAUCUUCUCACAAUUCACUCAGAUCCUCGAUAUUCUUCAGGUCAUUUUGAAGCAGAAGGAUAUCCGUUUCCUUAUUCUGACAGGGUCGACGCCUGUGGACGUUCGUCAAUCACUGGUGGACGAAUUUACUGAAGACGACAACAUUCCGGUCUUUUUGUUGUCAACGAAAGCUGGCGGCAUGGGCAUCAAUUUAACGGCUGCUUCAGUUGUUAUCAUGUUCGAUCAAGACUUUAAUCCUCACAAUGACCGCCAAGCGCAAGACCGCGCGUACCGUAUCGGGCAGAAGCGCGACGUGGAUGUUGUGAAAUUGAUAUCACGGGGAACAAUAGAGGAGGAUAUGUUGAAGUUGGGUGAAACGAAAUUGGCCCUCGACGAGGCUGUCGCAGGGGAGACGGACGACAGGGAAGAUGCUACAGCGGAACGAGAGGUCAAGGCGUCCUUGAUGAGCGUGCUGCGACAACAAUUUGAACAGCAGGAGGGAUUCGAAGACCUAUCCACAAUAAAUUCUACCACCUAGAUUUGAGCGGACAGAUAGUGGGGCGCGGGAAGACAUGUUUACAAUUCUAUACAAAUGUAUACCGAAUUUUUGUAUUUUUAUAGAGAUAAUAUUCAAGCAAAGAUGGACAGGCCUCGGACGAGACGAUCAACACCGGAGCGAAAGUAUUCGUUAUCUAUUCCAUAUUCUUUAGAGUCCAUACUAACGAGCGGAUUGCGAGUA